AUGUAUGUGUCCGGAACCCCUGGUUAUAUUGCUCCAGAGUACUCAGAGAAUAAGGUGUUCUCCACGAAAUCCGAUGUUUAUAGCUAUGGAGUCGUAUUGCUUGAGAUAGUAAGUGGACAAAGAAUUUCCAAAUUAUACCUAUCCGAGGACUGUUGGAGGAAUCUUAUAGCACAAGCUUGGAAAUUAUGGGUUGAGGGUAAGGCACUUGAGUUGAUGGACCCAACACUGAUGGAUACAUGCAAUCCACACGAAGUGUUGAAGUGUAUUAACAUUGGACUCCAAUGCGUAAACAACCAAGCUGAUAAACGACCUCCCAUGUCAAAUGUGAUUUUGAUGCUUGGAAGUGAACCCGACACCCUGCCAAAUCCAACAGAUCCAACUGAUCAAGACUCGCAAAAGGAUCAUGCCAUUGCCUCUUCCUCUGGUUUGCCUAAAGAGGAACCACAAUUUAGCAAAAACAUGAUGGAUAUUACUGUAGUACACCCUCGUUGA